UCAGUGCAGGAUGCAAUUGCUCAGAAACGAAGUGGAAUCACGAUGACACCAAGUGCCAGGAAUCUACUGUUCACUCUUUGUUAUCUACUUCUGCAAGAUACUUCUGUAAAUGAGGCAGGGAACAUUAUGCUAGCAAAGCCCAGUAGGUUAAGUGAUGUCUUCUGGAACGCUGAGUUUGCCAAUGAUGGUUUAAACAACCCCGGAUCUACACCCGCUAGAACAUCGUCCAAUGUAACUCCCGCCUGGCAGGGAGAUCUACAGGGAUACUAUGCUAUCCAUAACAUCUCAGUCACAAGUGACGUUACCUGGAAUUAUGGUGAAAACCUGGAAAGAGCGUACGUGGGUGUGUCUGUUGAUGACAGCUUCGACUGCUCGGAUGUGGAAAUCUUUGUCUGCGGCCAGUGUCCAGGAGUAGUUGGAAAAGGAGAAACCUUCACGUUCAACUGUUCCCACCCACGACCUGUCAGAUUCGUGAGGGUCUGGAGAAACAUCACUGAGUUUUUAGUUGUUUCGGAAGUUGAGGUUGAAGGCACGCCACUGAAAAGAAGUGAAGCUAAGUACAAUAAAGAAUUCAACAAAAACGUUUCCAAACCGAUGACGUCUCUCACAGCUGCAUCCGCCAAUGAAUGCGGUCUUCAGUGCCACUUGUCCCAGCCCUGCCUCAGUUUCAGUUACCACCCAACAGCUGCUCCCAACUGUCUCCUGACAACAAACCCAGCAGAUGCAGCAGCAGCCGUCGGAUGGACCAAGUUCACCAUCGAGAAGUGUUCCAGCAACAUCACCUGUCACCUGGCUGAUCAGUUUAAUUAGUACCAGAUCCACUAUUUGCUCUGUAGAUGUUUUAUGUUUGACUUACAUUAUGUUUAUCUGGAUGCUAUGUUUGAUUAACAAAUAGUACCAAUAGUACACCGAGAGCGUUGAUCAAUGCUCAUAAUAUCAAUCACUUGUGUAACUGGUCUGGAUUCGAUUAUGUACAGACCACCAGGAAUAUCUUUGGGUGCCGCACUGGACAACAAACAAAAUAAACAAAAAGGUCAAAACGGCAUCCAAUCACAAACAAAAUUAUGUCUGAUAUAAUUCCCUAUUUUACCUUGAACCACACAUUCCCGUGUUAUUGGUUUAGGUGGACGGUUCACUUGCCUUUGCAUGUGG